CAGCUGCCAGCGAGGGGAAACGAAGCGAUCUGUGGCACUGCCUGGAUCCGUGUGACGACUGACCUCUCAUCUAUCCAAUACUCCAUCCUCUACAUGCUGAACCUCUGCUGCCAAAAGCCAGACAGACUGCAGCUGUGGCAGUACAGGAGUUGACUGCUAGUCCUCCUGGUCCCGCAUACAAGGUCGGCCACCAGUAUCCCAUUACAAGCAACAUCCACCGCACGCGUGACGCAUACCUCCCACCAUAGCUAUGGCCCAGCAAGUCCACACCCUGUCCCUCGGGCCCUUGACGGCGCAUGCCUUCAAUGCCGAUCGCUCGCAGGUCGCCGUGUGCCCCAAUUCCAAUGAGGUUCUGAUCUACAUUAAGGAUGCCUCGGGCAGCUGGAGCUUGCAGCACACGCUGUCCGAGCACGACAAGCUCGUCACCGGCAUAGACUGGGCUCCAAAGACGAACCGAAUCGUGACUUGCUCGCAAGAUCGGAACGCGUACGUCUGGACACCGAUAGUCAAUACAGCGACGGGCAGCGAGGAAUGGAAGCCUACCUUGGUGUUGCUCCGCAUUAAUCGGGCGGCGACAUUUGCCCGAUGGAGUCCAAAUGAGGACAAGUUCGCUGUCGCUAGCGGCGCACGUAUUGUUGCCAUCUGCUCUUUCGAAGAGGACAAUGACUGGUGGGUUGCCAAGCACAUCAAGAAACCUCUUCGCUCAACUGUCUUGUCCCUCGACUGGCAUCCGAACAAUGUGCUCAUUGCCUGCGGAUCCGCCGAUAUGAAAGCGCGCGUCUUCAGCGCUUUCAUCAAAGGAGUAGAUGCCAAGCCUCCUCCUAGCGUCUGGGGAGAGCGUCUGCCUUUUGGCACCGUCUGUGCCGAGUUUAGGACACCAGCUGGUGGCUGGGUCCACGGUACAGCUUUCAGUCCUAGUGGUGACGCUGUUGCCUUUGUUGGACACGACUCCUCUUUAACGGUCGCCUAUCCAAGUGGACCCGACAGCCCGCCUCAUGCCAUUCAUGUCAUUCGCUCCGCCGCGCUACCCCACGUCACUCUGACCUUCAUUUCAGAGAACGCGCUCGUGGCCGCCGGCCAUGGGUGUCAGCCCAUUCUCUUUGAGGGAGACGCCGCUUCGGGCUGGAAGGCUAGUAAGACACUGGAUGCCGCUGGUGCCGCUGCUGGCAAGGGUGCGCCUCCUCCACCCCCUCCCAAAGCUCCUGGCCUAGCCACUGUUUCCAGCGUUGGUCGUCUCAACAACGAGGCUUUCAAUCGCUUCAAAGCGGCAGAUGCCAAAGGUGCAUCCGCCCCUCCCACCUCUGGUGCCACGGCCGGAGGUUCAGCUGGUGCCUUUGGUGCAGUCGCAGGCGCCAGCCUGAGUGCUGACGGCGAGCUGCACACGACACACCAAAACACCAUCACAAGCAUCCGCCCAUAUCAAGGCGCCGCUGGUGCUGUCAGCGCAAUCAGUACAAGUGGUGUCGAUGGACGCCUUUGCGUUUUCAACGUCAAUGCGGGUGCCUCUCUAGCCAAAGCGAUGGGUUCCUUGCGAGUCUGAAAGGCGAUUGUCUCAUUCAUCAAAUCAGUGAACAGCCUUUGCGUGUAGUGUACAUUUCUGCCAAGCCUGUGGGCAUAUUACACGGACCCGAA